AUGCCAAAGGGCUUCCAGAGCCAACAGUGUCAGCGCUACGGCCGCUACGGAUUGGAAUGGACUGCUUCCUUUUGUUGCCCAUGGCUCUUCAAAGCGCCAGUGGUGGCGGUGCCUGACAACAGCCCAAAGGAUCAUGCAGAGGAUUCCAAGGCCGCCAGGACGCCCGAUGUCCCGGAGUUCUACAUGGAAGGCAUGGACACCCCGGAGCAAACAGAACAGACAGAUGCUCGAGAUUUGAUUCACGCCAACUUCUGCGCCUUCCAAGAGCAGAACCAAAUCUUUGCUCCUGCAGCGCCACUUCCUUUGCCUGUGCUUGUUGUCACUGGCUUCCUUGGCAGUGGGAAGACCACUCUGGUCAAGAAGCUAAUGCAGCGACGGGGCAACCUCCGCGUGGCUGCAGUUGCCCACGAUCUCGCUGCUACCAUCAAUGUGGAUGCAGCUUUUCUGGCUUCCAUGGCCGAGGUUCAACGAGGCCUGGGCAAGGGUGAAUCCCUCUUUCAGCAAACCAUGGCGGCUUGCCGUGAUGGUGACGUAGCCACCCUCUCUGGCUGUGUCUGCUGCCCUGGCUUUGACGAUGCAUUGUCCACCGCUGUCCGAAAUGCGCUGACUCAAGGUGCAGACACCGGACUGCUGGACUACCUGGUCCUUGAAACCAGUGGAGCUGCAGAUCCACGGCAAAUUGUUGGAGCUUUGGAGGUUCGCUUUGGACCUUUGGCACGGGUUCGCCUUGAUCGAGUGGUGACGGUUGUCGAUGCUGAGCGAGUUGUUGCCGAAGGCCACCAGUGGGAAGAAGCACAGGAUGGAGCAAGUCAUGAAGAUCAACUUCAACUUAUACAGCUCUCAGUUGCAGACCUGGUGCUGCUGAACAAGGUGGAUUUGAUCAGUCCAGAGGCUUCAGCAUCAGCGCAGCAGUUGCUUCAGCGACUUUGCCCUCAUGCGAAGGUCGUGGCUUGCAGCCAUGGUGAUGUUCCAGUACCCGAGCUGCUGGAUGUGGAAGCCGCAGCCGCGGUCCCAAGUGCCGCUGUCUCCCAUGAGGACAAUCCAGCAUGCUGGAAGGUGUCCAGCAACAGUUUGGAAGCCACACGGCCCAGCCAUGAGGGUGGCUUCAUCAAAGCUGACAUGAAGAUCCAUCACCGUGUUGCAGAAUGGUCAACACGCGACUCUGGGUCCGAGCCAGUGAGGCUUGCCAGGCUUCAGCAUUUGCUUUGCCAUACCUUGCCACGUUUGAGACGUUGGCUACGGCGUGGCAAGGGAGUGCUUCGGAUCGGAGAGGAUCCCACAUCUCGUUGGGACUGGGAGCUGAGCGGUCAAAUGCGUUUCAACUUGCGCCGAGCACCCAGCACCAGCGUCCCAUGGAGCACCUUGGUGCUCAUUUUCUCCGAAAGUGUGCCUGACGCAGAGUUUACCAAUAUUCUUUCAGUGCUGUCAGCGCUUGGGGAGCCUUCGGUAGAGCUUCCUGAUCGAAUUCCUAAGAGACGGCAGGCAUUUGCCCGGGAACUCUCAAAUGGCAAGCCGGCCUUUGAAGUACUCGAAGCGCCUGAGGGUGCUGGGAACGUCUUGCACUUCCGCCUCACAGGCCGUGAGCAUUUCAGCUUGCCAGCCGACCUCGAUUUGAGCUUGCAUCCCUACCGCAUCGAUCUCAAUGCGCUCAAUGCAGAACUGGCACAGCUGGUGAACUCGGAGAAGGGCCCUGUGUUCCUCGGCAUAGGGGAUGGAAUAUGCCCAGCCACCAAAGCGACCGUCUUGUGUUUGUUGUGGCCGCUGGACGUUCCUCAGUCCACCGCAGAGAAUGGUAUCCCAGAAGUGGAUCAUUUCAUGGCUAUGCUGACGACGGCUCGGGGAGAAGCGCCAAGUCUUUUAACACGGCAUUUCAGCCACGUCACAAGCUGCCACUGCGGGCAUUGA